AUGGCCACAAAGGGGAUGUAUAAACUGGACGAUGGAAACUGUUACCCAACCAACUGCUUUCCAGCCAGAAGUCUUUUGCGGCCUAGAUAUGAGGAAGGGGCCGGACACUGGCAAGUGGCCCGCCGGACAGCAGAGAAAACCAAGAUGGAAUUACUGUUUGGCCCCAGAUCCUCCCAGGUCAAAUGGAAAAGCCCAACAGCGCUGAGUGGGGCUCACAGCCACCUGGAUGAGAAAACCCUCACCGGCUCCUACCUGAUGAAACUCCACCAUGUGAAAAGUCCUUCACACCUGUGUUCAGUGGACAUCAGUGACCAAAAUUUUGUCUCGGCGAAAGAGGAUGAAUUUGAGGAGUUCAAUUCUGUUGCCUAUAUCAAUGCCACGGAAAACCUGCUGACCUUAGAAGUCUUUCGUAAAUUUCCUGUGUUACGGGAACUGGAACUAUCCUUGAACGGCCUAAGAAAUUUGAAGGUCGACGCUGGGGACUUUCCAUACCUGGAAAUCCUGGACCUCUCCUACAACAACCUUUCUCCUGAAGAUGUCCAGGCUUUGGGGGUUUUGCCCCACCUUAAAGUUCUCCACCUUACUGCCAAUGGACUGAGUUCACUUCCCCUCGACCUGGCUGUCCCUGAGAGCAGUGAGAGUUCCCCCAGGUUCCCGGCUCUGGAAGUCCUGCUCUUGAAUGACAACCACCUUUCCCACCCAAAUGUCUUUGUCAGCCUAGCGAACCUCCGAAGCCUGAAGCAGCUACACCUGGACAAAAACGGGAUCAGGGAGGUGCCGUAUCUCCAUCGCGUGGACAGCUCCCGCUUCUCCAUCCAUCCCUUAUCGGCAAAGUCGGGCAUCAGGGAAGGACUGCGCAGCCGGAAAAGCGCUGGGAAGCGGCUCCGGCAGGAGGGGUCUCCCGGGCCCAGUGGGCAAGCCGAGUACCUCAUUGUUCAAAAUAGCAAGGACCCCGACAGGACAGAGAUUGUUUUCCCAUCCUGGUCCCCAGAUCCACCAUCAGAGGAAAGUUCUCCUUCGCCGUGCGGUGCUCCCGAGACCUCCUGUGCCACUCCCAGCUCAGAGUUCGUUCUCCCGCUGCCAGAGCUGCGGUUCCUCAGCCUGGCUGACAACCAGAUCGAGCAAGAGGAAGAUCUGUUGGCUGUGGCGCUUUUCCCGUCGCUGGCAGAGCUGACGUUCUAUGGCAACCCUUUCACCACUUCUCGGAGCGGCGAUCCACCUUUGCUCACCAGUUUCCUUCAGAACAAGCUGGGCAUCAAAACGAUUCGGAAGAAAGUGUCCAAACCGGAGAAGCCCCGGCUCUUCAUACCUAUCAAGGCUAACCGGAAGUGCGAGUGGGGAGACACGGGGAAAGAGCCGGGGUCCCUGCAGCAGAACCAUGCCCUGACUGUACUGGAGCUCUAA